AAUGCGUUCCACAAUCGCCAUCCUCGCAGCAGCCCUCUCCACCGCCUCGGCAACCCUAGUCUGUCACCAAGACGCCCUCCCCAGCGGCACAGUUCCCGACCUCUCCACCGUCGACCCGGAACAAACCUCCGGAUCCAUCACCGCGCAAGUGACGCAGUGGAGCGAGCGCAUCUGCGGCUUCCAGCUCCCCCACAUCGAGGACCCGCUCGACGACAACAUUGUCAUCUUUGAGCGCUGGGAUGACGGCAGGUAUGCUGUUCCUACAAACACCACCCAGUGCGUCGAUGCGUAUGAGCAGAUUUUGAUGGGGUGUGCGCUCGAUGGUUUGAAUGGUGGCAAGGUUACGCUGCAGGAGGUUUGGUAUGAGGCUUGGAUGGAGACUGGCGAGGUUUUUAAGGCGUAAACGGGGAGGGAGAGUGUGGUUUUUCCAUAUUCUGCGAUGGAGGUUCGACCACUUGGAUCUCUUUCUCUGAUGACUCUGUUGUGUUUCGGUGAUGUGAUGACGCUAAUCUGAUGGACGCGGGAAACCUUUGUUGUUUUGCAUGAUAGACUUGAGGGGUUUUGUUUUGCGGAUUUU